AAUUACAAGCACAGAGAAUGAUUUCUUUUAAAUUAAGAUUUCAAAACACCCCCCUGCUCCACAACCCACACCUCAGUUCUCCAGUGAGCAUGGGAAGCAGUGUCACUUUAUUUCCACCUCCCUCCACCUUGUUCUCCGCGGUGCGCAUGCGCGGCCUCCCCUGAAAACCACACGCGUCUCCCCGCUCGGCUCUUCUCCGGUGCCUGAGCCCAGAGAUGCGCACACCGAGCCGGAGGAGCAGGAGGAGGACACCGCGGCACAGGAAUGCGCACAGCUCCGAGCCACAGGCGGCGAUAGACGGCUCCACACCCCGGCCACAGCCCCGAGCCUCAGCGCCAUGGGUUAGGAGGAAUAUGGUAGAACUUUGGCACACUUUGCGUCAUGGGGAGAAGAAACCACCUCGGAGAGCUGAAUUGAGAGCACAAUAAGACUUGAGAGAGGGAAGAGGAGGAGGAGGAGGAGGACGGAGGAAGGGACCUGAUUCCUGUCGUUUUCUACCCCAGCUCCUCUCCCACUCUGCUCCGGAGAGAUGAUCACGGAGCUGGCGUGCACGGCCGUGGCAGUGGGUCUCUAUGUGAACACGCUGGACGCGGAUUUCUGCUACGAUGACAGCCGAGCUAUCAAGACCAACCAGGACCUUCUCCCUGAGACUCCGUGGACCAACAUCCUGUACGACGACUUCUGGGGCACCCUGCUCACACACAGCGGCAGCCACAAGUCCUUCCGCCCGCUCUGCACCCUCUCCUUCCGCCUCAACUACACCCUGCAUGGCCUGCGUCCCUGGGGCUACCACCUGCUGAACGUGGUGCUGCACGGCCUGGUCACGGCCCUCUUCACGGCCCUCAGCCGCCCGCUCCUGGGUGGAGGAUUGUGGAGCCUGCUGGCCGGUCUCCUUUUCGCUUCUCAUCCGGUCCACACCGAAGCAGUGUCCGGUGUGGUGGGCAGGGCGGACGUCGGCGCCGCUUUGUUUUUCUUGCUGUCCCUUCUCUGUUACGCGAGACACUGUGGACUUCGCAGGGACCCAGGAGGGGCCCACGAGACCAGGAGAUGCAGCGGCGGCACGUCAGCUGCCUGGUGCUGGGUCUGGAUGCUGGGGAGCCUGUGGUGUGCAGCAGCCAGCAUGCUGUGGAAGGAGCAGGGGGUGACGGUGCUGGCCGUGUCGGCUGUUUACGACCUCUUUGUGUUCCAGAGGCUCCGACUUCGCCAGGCUCUUCUCCUCCUGUUAGGAAAGAGAAAGAACAUCAGUGUUUUGCUGAGUCUGGGUUUGCUGGCUUCCUGGGGAUUGAUCCUGCUGUCGGCCCGUCUCUACUGGAUGGGCAACAAGCCUCCCAACUUCUCCAACUCCGACAACCCCGCCGCCGACUCGCCACAUCUCCUCACUCGCACGCUGACCUUCCUGCACCUGCCCGCCGUCAACGCCUGGCUCCUGCUUUGCCCCGACAAGCUCAGCUUCGAUUGGUCCAUGGACGCCGUGCCCUUGGUCCGAUCCUUGGCCGACUGGAGGAACCUUCACACUGUUGCCUUCUACGGUGGUUUGAUCCUCCUGGCUUUGUUUGGCCUUCGUGGCCCCACCUCCAAAGUGAAUGAGGCCAAUGGGAAAGCCCAUGUAGCGAAUGGGAAAUCGAUCACCAACGGGAACGGUUACCACGCUCCUGACACAAACCAUAACACAGACCAGGGGCCGCCAAAGACCACCCUGAACGGGUCGGCUGGACUUCACCACUGUCCUCCGCGGACGUCCCUGCCCCCGACAGAAAACCUGGUGCUGUUUUCAUUAAGCAUCAUGUCAUUGCCCUUCAUCCCCGCCACCAACCUAUUCUUCUACGUAGGUUUUGUAGUAGCAGAGAGGGUACUCUACAUUCCCAGUAUCGGCUUCUGCCUGCUGGUGGCUGCAGGUGCCAGGACAGUGUAUGUGAGACUAAGGACUAGAGGCUGCAGGGCCGUGCUGUUGUGUCUCUGUGCGGGACUAGUGCUGCUGAAUGGACUCAGAACUGUUCAGAGAAACAGGGACUGGAGCAACGAGGAGAAUCUCUACAAGUCUGGGAUCAGUGUGAAUCCUGCUAAAGCCUGGGGAAACUUGGGAAACGUCCUGAAGAACCAGGGCAAGGUGGUGGAGGCGGAGAAGGCGUACAGGAACGCUCUGCACUACCGAGGGAACAUGGCCGACAUGCUGUACAACCUAGGCUUGCUGCUGCAGGAGAACGAGCGCUCUGCUGAAGCGCUGCAUUAUUACAAACUGGCCAUUGGGAGUCGACCGACACUGGCAUCGGCGUAUUUGAACACGGGAAUCAUCCUGAUGAACCAGGGCAACCUGAACGAGGCCAAACGCACCUUCCUCACUUGUGCCGAAAUCCCUGACGAGAACUUGAAGGACCCGCACGCCCACAAGAGCUCCGUCACCAGCUGCCUGUACAACCUGGGGAAGCUGCUGCACGAGCAGGGCCAGCAGGAGGAGGCUCUGUCUGUUUAUAGGGAAGCGGUGCAGAAAAUGCCCAAACAGUUUGCACCACACAGCCUUUUUAACAUGAUGGGAGAGGCCUACAUGAGGCUGAACAGACUGGAGGAAGCAGGCCACUGGUACAGGGAGUCCCUCAGGGCCAAGCCUGACCAUAUCCCCGCCCACCUCACUUACGGCAAACUCCUGUCCAUCAUUGGGCAGAAGACAGAAGCAGAGAAGUAUUUCCUGAGAGCGAUUCAACUGGACCCGACAAAAGGAACCUGCUACAUGCACUAUGGUCAGUUUCUACUGGAGCAGUCCCGUCUUGGCGAGGCCGCCCAGAUGGCAGAGAGAGCGGCGGAGCUGGACAACUCAGAGUUUGAUGUGGUCUUCAGUGCUGCUCACAUGCUCAGACAGGCGAGUCUCAAUGAGGCCGCAGAGAAACAGUACGAGCGCGCUGCCAGCCUCAGACCAGACUACCCGGCCGCUCUGAUGAACCUCGGCGCCAUCCUCCACCUGAACGGCAAGCUUCCCGAAGCGGAGGCCAACUACCUGCGUGCGCUCCAGCUCAAACCCGAUGACAUCAUCACCCAGUCCAACCUGCGCAAGCUGUGGAACAUCAUGGAGAGGCAGGGGCUGAGGACUAAGCUCGGGACGCAGAAGGGCGACCUAUGAACUUGAGAGAGCUGCUGCACUGUUCUGUAAACGAUGACGUAAAGUGUCCUGCAGAGACUGAAGCAGGACGGGAUGAAGGACAUGAUUCAUGGGAUGUGACGUCUGUCGGAUGCUUAGCGUGUUUGGGAUUCAAGGGGCAGGCUCUACCUGACAACGUGCGUCGGCUCAAACUACUAAAACUAAUGUCCUCUUUUGUACAAAUUUUAUAAUGUGAUGCUUAGUUGUUAAAUUAAAUAAUGAACUCAAAGUCCAAAAAAGAGAAAUACCUUGAGAUCAAAGGUCUCAAACAUGAGCUGAUUAAUAUUCUUCCACGAUAAUUGAAAUCUUGGGUCUGUUUUCGAGCACUUAAUUUGAGUGAGGAUGUAGCAAAAGUAUUUAAAUCACUUCCACAGAGAAGUGGGUUUUGAAGUUGUUGGCACUGACGGAUGAAUGAUACGCUGGUUCGUCUUAAAGGGGAACUCCUCUUCACACAUCAAAGUCUGCUAAUAGAUUUUGGGAAAACCAUCUACGUACUUGAAGUAAAAAAGUAUAAAGUCUUUUGUGGCUCCAGACGGAGUUGUACGAAAUCCUCAAGCGAUCUGUGAGUCUGACGUCGGUAGCGCGCUCUUUAUCUUGCAGCUCAAGGCUACGUUAGCCAUUGUUAGCGUGACACACAUGAAUAUCCUACAGAGCUGUCGGGGUUGAGGUGCAUUAUGGGUAAUGUAGGCACCAGGUAUUGAAAAAGUAAGAAGGAAGACGAAGAUGUUCUUUUUGCUAAACUGUCAAUUGUGAGUCUGACAACAUCAAAGGAGUGAAAUCGGUGAACGAAAGAAUUUCAAAAUAAAACCUCUGACUAAUUUCUCUCAGGGUGAUCGAGCCUUGAACUUUUCCUCUUAAUGUCCUACUUAACAUUCAAAUCGUGCCAGACAUCUUCAGGUACUGCCCUCUAACAACACUGCUCUAUUGUACACACAGUAAAAUAACUCAUCAGAAGAUGUUUUUGCACCAGGCGCAUUUCAAAAGCUUAUGACUGUAAAAAUGAAAAAAAAUGAAAAUAAGGAUUCUUAAUAAAAAUUCCUCCGCGGUGCCAAAUCUUAUCCUGAGUCUUUUACGCCUCUCGUGCCAAGCAAAGAACUGUCGUCACUUAUGUGUUGUUGUGUCGAACGAAGAUGUUUAAUUUCAUGUGAUUCAAUUUAAUUUAUUAAUAUGUGUUAUUUUAUGUGUAAGAGCCCCAACACUGUGCUGUUUGUCCGUCACAUUAGAAAAUCCUCUCUCUCGUUCCUCCGAGGCAACAUGACGUUAAAAAAUGUUUUUUUAUUAUUAUAAAAUGUUUUUUUGUUCUCUCUGCUCAGGGACGUCAGGUUGUGGUUCCUGUCACACAAUGAGUGUGUGACACAGAGAGAGCCUCUUACAAUGAUCGUAGAAGUUUUUUGAUGAUCGUGAUUAUUUGGUUAAAUUAUAGAAAAACCUGUAGCGAAAAAAUGUGCCGUGUUUUUGUAAAGAACAAUGAAACCUUUUCCAUAAUAAAAAACGUGAUUUUUUGCUCUCA